AACUAUUAUAUUUCAUAAGGAAGAAGAAAUUCUAAUUAACCAAACGAUUUUUGUAAAAUUUUAAUUUACUUUUAAAGUUCUCCAAUGUUUAAAAUGUUUUAGGAAAAUCUGCAAAAAUGGCCGAGAAAGUUGCCGGUAGUAGCCACCGAUUCAGCUGGCUGUUUUUAACAGCGGUCGUAUUUUUGGCGGUAUUAACUAGGUUUUACAAAAUUCACGAACCUGAUCAUGUGUGUUGGGAUGAAACACACUUUGGAAAAAUGGGAAGUUGGUACAUUAACCGAACUUUCUUCUUUGAUGUUCAUCCUCCACUAGGAAAGAUGUUAAUAGGCUUGUCAGGAUAUCUGACUGGAUAUGAUGGUACAUUUGCUUUUGACAAGCCAGGCGACAAGUACCAGAACACUAGCUACUUGGGAAUGAGGAUGUUUUGCGCUAGUUUGGGUGCAUCCAUAGUCCCAAUGGCCUACUUAACAGUCAAUGAAAUGACUAAGAGACCCACAGCUGCCCUAUUUUCUUCUUUGUUACUAUUGUUUGAUGUGGGUCUCAUAACAUUAACACAAUAUAUAUUACUUGACCCUAUCUUGCUUUGCUUCAUGAUGGGCUCCAUUCUUGGAGCAGUUAAGGUUUCUUACGGAUGUUGCAAGGAGUUUUCUGCCAAGUGGUGGAUAUGGCUGAUCUUCACAGGUGUAAUGUUGGCAUGCUGCACUUCAGUUAAGUUUGUGGGGUUGUUUGUUGUAGUCUUAGUUGGUUUAAUGACUGUAGCCGACUUGUGGAAUAUUUUGGGAGAUUUAUCAGUACCUGUUAUUCAUACUGUCAAACAUUUGCUGGCACGGGCAUUGUGCCUGAUUGUAUUACCAAUUUGCCUUUAUGUGAUAUUUUUCUACAUUCAUCUUUCAGUUCUAAAUAGAAGUGGAAAUGGUGAUGGAUUUUAUAGCUCAUCAUUCCAGUCCCAAUUAAUUGGGAACAGUUUAUACAAUGCAAGCAUGCCUCGACAAGUGGCUUAUGGGUCUGUGAUCACCCUGAAAAACCAUCGAACUGGGGGUGGAUACUUGCAUUCUCAUUAUCAUUUAUAUCCUGAAGGGGUUGGCGCCAGACAACAACAGAUAACAACCUAUACCCACAAAGAUGAUAAUAACAAGUGGUUGGUAAAAAGGUAUAAUAUGGAUAAAACUGAAGAUGUUGUGAUUGUGAGGAGUGGUGAUUUAGUAAGGUUAGAACAUGUGUCAACAAAGCGCAACCUGCACUCACAUAAAGAGCAGGCUCCAGUUACCAAGAAACAUUACCAAGUGACAGGGUAUGGGGAAAAUGGAACUGGCGAUGCUAAUGAUGUGUGGAAAAUUUUAGUAAUUGGUGCUACUGAUGGUGUUGAAGUAACUGCAGUUACAAGCAAGCUAAAGUUUGUGCACUAUUUACAAUCAUGUGUUUUAACAACUAGUGGCAAGCAGUUGCCAAAGUGGGCAUAUGAACAGCAAGAAGUGUCUUGCAGUGCCAAUCUUAGGGACCCGAAUGGUUGGUGGAAUGUUGAAGAAAAUAUUUUUGAACGAUUACCCAGCGUAAAUUUCAAAGUUUAUGCGCCAAGCUUCUUUGAACGUUUCUUAGAGUCCCAUGCCGUUAUGUUUCAAGGAAACGCGGGUUUGAAGCCGAAAGAAGGCGAAGUUACAUCGCGGCCUUGGCAAUGGCCCCUAAACUACAGGGGACAAUUUUUUUCUGGAUCGUCCUACCGUAUAUAUUUAUUGGGUAAUCCAGUGAUUUGGUGGUGCAACUUAGGGUUCAUACUGAUCUUUUUGAGUGUCUUCUUAACUAAUGCAGUUAAAAGGCAAAGGGGCUACAUUAAAACAUUUUCUGAUCUGGAUAGGGGCAGAGUCAAGGCAGCUGCUUGGCUAUUUUUAGGUUGGCUACUACAUUAUAUACCAUUCUGGGCUAUGGGCAGAGUCCUAUAUUUUCAUCACUACUUCCCGGCAUUGCUGUUUAGUUCUAUGAUAACAGGUAUAACCACAGACUACUUGUUGGAAAAGAUCUGUUUGGUUUUUAAAGACAGGGUGUCUAAAACAGUCUACCACACACUAAUAGGCACCAUUCUGUCAAUAAUGGUGUAUAGUUUCCACCUUUUUUCACCAUUGGCCUAUGGAAUGAAAGGUCCCAUAUCAACAGAACAUAACUCUUCAAUGCACGGAUUAAAAUGGUUAGAUAGUUGGGAAUUUUAACUGUAGAUAAUUAUUGUUAAGGGAAUUAAGCAACUGUAUUUUAUGAUAAUUAAAGUGAAUCUCAAUAU